CUGGGAAAUGUAGUUCGGAGGAGAAGGGGAGCCGCGAUCCCGGAAACUAACAGACAGCCAGGAAACAUCUUGGGCGAAUGAUACCGAUGCUGCUUCCAAGGAUUGCAUCAUGGAUAAGUUUGUCAUACGAAAACCCAGAACUGAAGGACAACCCCAGAAGAAAGAUCCUGGAGAAAAAGUUUACAAGCAAGCCACUAUAGAGUCUCUGAAGAGAGUUGUGGUUGUUGAAGAUAUAAAAAGAUGGAAAUCUAUGCUAGAGCUUUCAUUUCAGCCUAAGGAGAAUCUAAUUGAGGCCUUAAUGGAAUUAAGGAAGAAAAUACCCUCCAAGGAAGUUUUACUUUCAACAAAAAUAGGCCAUACAGUGAAUAAGAUGCGCAAGCAUCCAGACAAGGAUGUAGCCACUCUUGCCAAAGACGUGUAUACCGAGUGGUGAACAUUCAUCAAAGAACAUUCAAAUAGACCCUCAAUUGAAGUCAGGAGUGAUCCCAAAACAGAGAGCCUCAGGCAGAAUGCACAGAAGCUUCUUGCUGAAGCACUAGAAGUAGAGAUUGGUCACCCGCUGGUGGAAAAUAUUGAGCGAGAAGCUUUUCAUCUCUCUUCCCGUCUCAUUAAUGCGCCCUACCGGAGGACCGUGCGGGCACUCGUAUUUGCUUUAAAGCAUAAGCCUGAAAUCCGUGCCCAAGUGCGAAGUGGUACACUGUCACUUAGCACGUUUGUGCAAUGCCACAAAAAGUGACUCAAAAUGUCUGGUGCGGAAUGGGAAUGGGAGUGGGUGGCAUAACUGUAACAAGAGUUGGAACAUCUCCUGUUUCUUAGAUGAAUAGGAUGAUAACAUUCAUGGUUCAGUAGUAGUUGAGGAACACAAAUAUUAUGUGAAGUCUACUGGAGGAGGCCAAGUCCUCAUUUGAUACAAAUGGUGGUGUGCAUUGCCAGUAGUAAAUAGGAAUAGGGAAGGGGAUUCUACUUUAUUUUAUAGCAGCUUGGAAAGUCACUUUUGGAGCAAUCCUCUGCAUGUUUAGACAGAAAAAAAGUCCUAUGACACCCAGAAUGGCUGUCUGGGGCAUGCUGGAAAUCAUAGGACUUUUCUCUCUAAAUAUGCACGGGAUUGUGCCCUUACCUUGAAACGGACCUGGUCUUUGUGACAGACUCUGCUCCCUUUGCCGUGUAUGGCAGAACCCUACAAGGUUUCAGCAGUAUGUUUAGAAGAAAUUCUGCAGACAAAAUGUAAAGGGACCACAAUGAGCUUGUGAACUGAAAGCUAGCCUUAUUCACUAUCUUCCAGCAUGUGAGUCACCUCUCACUUGCCCAACAAUUAGCUGCUCAGCCUUUAUAUUUAAUUAGCUGCAGAAUUAGAGCUGGAUACAGGAUCUACCUUCCAUGAAAGGAAAGGACCUUCUACAAGAGGAAGGGCUUUGUUCACAGAAGUUCCUUCCACCUGAUUUUUGGGGGUCCCCUUACCAUCACAGCUCAUCCAAUUCAUCAGGGACUCCUGAAUUCUGUGUAGUAUUUUCAGGGGGCUGGAGGAGCUGUUGUGAGGGGAGGAGGUGGAGAAGUCCACUUCAGCCAGCACAGUUUUUCCAGUGUAAAUCUGGAUCCAACCCUUACACUCUCCAAUGCCUGUAAGCAGAACUAUGAGUAUACAUUAAGUGUUUUGUUUAAACACACACACAGCAAUUUAUUUUUCUCCUACAGUCUAAUAUGAAGAAGAAUAUAAAAUGAGAUUUUCAAAGUAUAAUUUAUUGGAGGAAAAUAGCCUUUAAAAUGUUUUUUUUAAAAUGUUUCCCACUAUAAGCAAUAAUGUUCAGAAUAAAAGCAGUAAAUUGUGAUCUUGAAAUACUGUUCAAAAGAGCCUUUUAAUGGUAGUGAUGCAUUGGAUAUGAAUUCAACUUCCUCAAGUCUCCUAUUGUAACAUAACAUGCUGUGUGUAGCCAAGGCAGCAUUGAUUUUAGGAGCAAAUACAAGCUAGAUUCUGAACUAGUACAACUUCUAGUGGAGAAUGGGGAAAGGUCGGAGUCUACGCUGGACCAGUUAAAAGUAAGUGAGAAGCUGAGGAACCAAAGCAUAGCAUCAGUGGAUAAGUGGCAACUUAGCAACAUCUUUAAAGUGCAUUUGUGCAUUUUUAAGUGUGUUUAUAAAAGUAGGCCAUGGAAGAAUUUGCAGAUCAAAAGGAAUAAGGCUAAAAAGGAGUUCUGUUAGGAUAGACCCUUCUUCAAUAAAGGCUUCUCCUUUAGAUACUGUCAAAUAUGCUUGGAAGACAUGGCAUCUGCAAAGGACCAGCUAAAGGGCAAGUAGGAGUUAAGUCCAGCAGGAGUUGUUUUAAUAGUGGCCUGUAUGGGCUAGUUGGACGAAAGAGCAAGGAUGCAAGCUGAGUGCAAUAAAACCAGUGUAACUGAUACAUAAACAAAUAUGAAGCAAGGUGUGUACUUAAAGACAUUCUUAUGCUACUUUUA